GACAAACCAACGCUCAUGAGGAGGAAGGAGAGGGAGAGGAAAACCUAAAGAGAAACACCAACCUGACUGAAAUCAGACACCACAGAAGAAGAGUUUGUGACACCUUCCUGGAGGAUCUUUAAUUAUUAGUUUAAAGUUUUUAAAAGUACUUUUGGAGAUGGAGAGCAAACGAGCUGUGGUCUAUCUGUCCGUCUGUCUGUCUGUGCUGACAUCACUCUGUCAAGGCCAAAGGUCAGGCAACAGCCACCUGCUGUCUGCGCCCGAUGAACCAACCCUCGGACUCACAACCAGUGAGCUGGCUGAAGCUCUGCAGGGUCUUCUGGAUGAAGCUGACAGCUCAGCCGGUCUCUCUGUGGAGAAAAAAGCCAGCGUGAUCCCACGGUGUGAUGUGGGUGAACGGUGUGCGAUGAAACACGGACCUCGGAUUGGUCGGCUCUGCGACUGUCUGAGAGGAACAGCCUGCAACACCUUCUUCCUGCGCUGCUACUGACCACUCGCUCACACAUUUUCCUCAUGAGGACCUAAACUCGGUCUGGGCGCUCACACAGACAGUGCUCAGAAAGACAGAAGUGCACUCUCUCACCAAGCCGUCUCUCUGCAUAUUUUAGUCUUUGUUUUAAAGUUUUUGGUGUUUGUCCUUCAGAUUAAUUUAUUUUUGUUAAUAAAGAUUCUUCA